CGUUAAGUCACGGAGAGACACGAGCAGGUUAAUCAUUUUAUGUUAAAGCACUUUUCAAGAUGAUGGGUUUUACAGCUACAAGAAUCACUUGGGUGGUCUUCAGUUUGACAGUUAUCUCCCUUACUGUGAGCAGCACUUACGCUCAAAAUAAUCAGAGGAAAUCCUGUAAAGAAGAAUGUUACCCAAAACGAGUGAACUGUAUAUCACGGUGUAAAGAGGGGUUUUGGCUUAACCUUUCGAAAUCAAAGUUUUUGUUGUGUGCUGAUAAAUGUGACACUAAAGCAUUGAAGUGUUCCCCUCGUUGUGAAUGCCUGGCCGUCGUUGAACGGGAAAAGGCAGGAUGUGACCAAGCAUGUAAGUCUUACCGCUUUAGGAGUUCCUUUGACGAAAUGCAUUGUUUAAAGGAGUGCAAGUUUGAGUAUGAGGGUUCUCAAAAGAUUUGCAGAGGAGGUCGGCGUCAGCCACCCAAGGAUGUAGAAACUGUAAACGGAAAUCAAUCCUGAUUUGUGACGUGCACGUAAUUGUAAACUUUGGUCUAACUCUCAGAUUUAUUCUGAGUGACUAAAGCGCUUACCUAGUCUUUGUUGCUCUGUACAAUCCAAUUUCUAAUUUAUGGACUAUCAGUUUUGUAGUAACUGUAUCCCUUGUUUUAAUUGUAUGUUUUAUUAUACUAAUCGUGAGAACUUGCGACUGAUACAUCCAGAAAUGCAUAUUCAUAUCAACCGCAAUCGUCUUCCAACCAAAACUCCCAGAACUUGAAUACUAAUGAUAUUUUUUUUAGAAAUUCAUUGGACAUUUAUUGUGUAAAAACGUAAAUAGUGCUUAUUAUCUGUCCAUGUAGUUAGAUAUAGAAUUUAACAUUAUGACUUGUGUAUUUACCAUAGCCCGGGAAGUUGUCAACUUAUUAACCUGGUUAAAACCCAAAGGGUAUUGUUCGCAUGUUCUCAUUGAAAGUUUAAUAAGUAAUUAUAUAUACCUUUGUUGCAUUAUAUAGUUAUCAAAAAUAAAACUGUUUCAAAAAAUUAAA